GUGAUGCUAUACAGCAAUCCAUCAUUUCUUAAGAGUUAUGAGCAAGAGAUUAAACAGGAAAGAGAAGCAGGGAAGAGGCACGAAGAAGAAAUCAGACAGCGAGAAGAAGAAAAGAAGUUCCUUCAAAGAAGAAUUGCAGACUUGAAGCAUGUACUCAACGAGUCCCGUGCAAGUCACAAAAGCAUAGUCAGUGAAAAUGCAAGCCUAAAAUAUACCAUGAGGGUUGAACAGGAAAGGCGUGAACAAAGUAAUAGGGCUAUGACUGAAAAUGCGGAAAAGAACAGGCAGAGGGAAAUAGAGUUGGAUGAGAAACUAAAAUCGAAGGAUCUGCGUAUCAAAACAAUGGCAGAAAACUUCACAAGAACAGAAAAGACGGCGAGCCUUAAGAUUGGGCGACUACAGUUCAACAGUGCAGAUAUGACGAAGAAAUUAAAGUCUAAGCAACAACGUGUAGACACCUUGACGGAAAUGCUGGAGGGGAGAGAGCGAAACGAGACGACCCUAAGACAGAAAGUUGAAGAAUUAGAGAAAGGAAGAGAGGAAGACAGAGCAAGAGGGGAGAAAGAAAAACGCUCAUUGGCUACAGAAAUGACGAAGAAACUCGAGUCUAAGCAACAACGCGUAGACGCUUUGACAGAAAUCUUAGGGGAGAAAGAGCGAAAUGAGACGACUCUAAAACAGCAGGUUGGAGAAUUAAAGAAAAGAAGAGAGGAAGACAAAGCAAGAGGGGAGAAAGAAAAACGCUCAUUGGCUGCAGAAAUGACGAAGAAACUCGAGUCUGUGCAACAUCGCGUAGACACUUUGACAGAAAUCGUAUGGGAGAAAGAGCGAAACGAGACGACUCUAAAACAGCAGGUUGGAGAAUUAAAGAAAGGAAGAGAGGAAGACAGAGCAAGAGGUGAGAGAGAAAAACGCUCAUUGGCUGCAGAAAUGACGAAGAAACUCGAGUCUAAGCAACAACGCGUAGACGCUUUGACAGAAAUCUUAGUUGAGAAAGAGCGAAAUGAGACGACUCUAAGGCAGCACGUUGAAGAUUUAAAGAAAGGAGGAGAGGAAGACAGAGCGCGAUUUGAGAACGAAAAACGGUCAGUAGAAUUAAGCUGGAAGAAGGGGCUUGACUAUAAGGAACAGAAUAUAGGGCAACUUGAGCGUGAGACCUGGAAGCUGAGAACCAAACUUCAACUAGAAAGUGAGAUACGAUCAGCAGAGCAUAAGAAGAAAGCAGAGACACAUCAAUGGAGUUUCAUUCCCUGGUUGACUUCUGGAAAACAAGCUCAGAGGGGAAUAACGUCCUCUGGAGAUAAUUCCAGGGGAGAAUUAGAUCAAUCAGAAAGGAGCAAUGCAUCACAAGCAGAGGAGGAACCAACCAAUGAUGAUUUUGCAAACAUCUUGAAGCAGAUAGCUGACGAUCUUUCCGAGGAGGCCAAGAUCGAUAGCUUGGGUAGUCAGCUAGGAAUUAUACAGGGUGACAUAGCGAGAGCUCUCAAGACCAACAUGAGAUACGAACAGGUCACCAGUAGAGGAACCCAUCUCAUGCUGAUACAAUGGAGAGAAGGUGUGUCCAGGGAAGAUGAGCGGAUCGAACUGAGGAGGGCGCUUGUGGCUGCUAAGUUGUUAGACCUUGCUAACCGUUAUGUCCCACAGGGAAAAAAAGAAGGAAAUACUGUGAACGGCCACCGUCUAGAAAUAGAAGAUUCUCGACAGCAUUCCGAGGUAGAUAACUCACCAUCAGCACAACGGUCCUCAGAAGGACAGACAAGCCCAAAGGAACCUACCGCACCAACUGGCAGGCCUCAUCUACACGGCCAGUCCUCCGAGAGCCACGGGGAGGAGGCGAGUGAAUGCGUGGACAAACUUUCUGAAGUAGUUUCAAACCACAGCACUGAUGGCGUACAUGGAACACACGGAGGAGGAUUGACAGGACAAGAACACCCUCAGAAAAUAGGAGAAGUGCCAGGGUCCUCAGGAGGACAGAACAAGACCAAUAAGCCUACAGCAACAACUAUCCAAACUCCUGACGACACGUCACCCAAGAACCAAAGGGAGGAGGCGAGUGAAGGCAUGGACCAACAUUCUGAAGAAUCAUCAAUCAACAAUAUCGCAGAUGAUGUACAAGAAACAUCCGUAGAUGUGUCUUCUAACGAGCCGUUCGAUGAGGGAACUAGCAUAUCGGAUGAAAGGGGUGUAGAAUAUACCACCAUUAACUAUGGCGACUUACUUUCUAAUAUCGCCUUGACCGAGACAUCUUCGGAGAAACUAUUGAUGCUUUUAUUCAUGAAAGUAAUCAUUGAUAUUCCUUUCAAGGAAUUCGGUAGAUAA